AUGUGUGUUCUUGGUAUUUUAGGAAUUAUUCUUAUGAUUAUUGAAAAUGAACUAACAUUUUCUCAAAUCGAUAAUAAUGAUACCAUAUCGAGUUGGUCUAUCAAAAUAGUUAUUAGUUUGUCAACGGUUGUUCUCAUUGGAUUUGUCGUCCAAUAUCAUCACUUAGAUUUAUCUCUCUAUGCUGUUAAUAAUUCAAUUGAAGAUUAUAGUGUUGCGAUAACGUAUCAAAAAAUACUUUUAAUUGUACUUGAAAUAUUAGUUUGUGCUGUACAUCCAAUGCCUCGUUCUUUUCCUUGUCAUUCAAAUCCAUCAGUAGAGAAUAUAAGCUCAAAUUCAUCCACAUUUAAUCGCUAUCCUUUGUCUUAUAUAUCUGUUGAUGUUGCACUUGGUUUCCCAAUGUUUGCUCGUGUUUAUUUACUGUGUCGUUUUAUUAUGUUUCAUUCACAUGUAUUUCAUGAUAUAUCGUCACGAUCCGUUGGUUAUCUUAAUAAAAUAUCAAUUGAUUAUUUAUUUCUCAUUAAAGACGUAGGUGAAGUUAGCGUCCGAUUCGAGUAAAUCUGCCGCCGAUUCGCUCAGGAACAUGCUCCAAGUGCUCCAAUCGGGUUCCAAAUACAACUCGAUGUGCUCUAUCAAAUGGUAUAUUCGGAUUUUACGUAGCUCAAACUAUGUGUUCGCAAACCUCACAAUACUGGUCCAAAAGUAUUAGCAAUGGCCCAUCAGCAUAGUAAUUCCACCACCGAUUCGCCCAGGAACAUGUUAGAAGUGCUCCAAUCGGGUUCCAAGUACAACUCGAUGAGCUCUAUCAAAUGGUGUAUUCAGACAUUCCAUAGCUCAAACUGAGUUCCCAGAAAUCCCUGAAUACUGGUCCAAAAUGUCAAACCGGCAAGUAAUUCUUCCGCCGAUUCGUUCAGGAACAUAUUCCAAGUGUUCCAAUUGAGUUCCAAGUGGGUACUUCCACGCAGGUCCGCCCACUUUUACAUCGACUUUCUGCC